UGAGUUGCUUUGUUGUACAUAAGUAUUAAAUACGUGGUCGGGUGGUGAAAAUUUAUCAUAUUGUAAAUUUUUGUUUGUUCGAGAUACACAUACCCGUCAUAAUGAAGAAAUCGAUUACUAUCGUCGUCGUAUGCGUAGCGUUCUUCGUACAGGUUAAUCAAAGUUCAGCCAAAGUACAGACAAUAGAUGAAGUAUUCAAAGAUCCGCUAUACGAACCUUUAUCAAAAAAUGCCAGGAGUUUAGUGGCAACCAUGUUGGAUCAUGUACAAUACAUGCUUCGCAACAAAUAUGCUGCCGAUGCUUUAGUAACCGUAGCUACCAAUACCGAAAAAGUACUCACUUCUCAGAGUGGACAAGAUAACAUCUUGGCCAUCCUCGACCUAAUCGGAUUCCUUCUGAAAGAUCCCAAAGCUUCAAAGAUCAUCGCUAUCUGGUGCGACAAAGCUGACAAACUGGUAACGAGCGAAGAAGGCAGAGCUUUUUUGAGAGCUAUGAUCCAAAGCUUCCAUCGAGUUCUAUCCACCAGCAAUGUCCUAGGAGCUGCUACAGCUAUGAUGGAAGGUAUCGAGUACGCCUUGACCACAUUAUCACCCCAUGAAAUUAAAAGAGGAAUGAGCGUAAUGCAAAGUUACAUCGUCAAGUCGAGCGGCAAUCUCAGUGUUCCAGAAACAGAUCUUGUAAGCAGAGAAAUACAUGGAUACACCAAUGAUUUCGAACCCGGUAGUUUUGCUCAAAAUUUCCAACCGCAAUCUCCAAGGGCAUAAAAUAACGUUUAAAAAACACGAUUAGCUUUAAUCAGUUACUGUACCAACUACGCAAUUUCCUCGUCAUUCUAGACAAAUGUACUCCCUCAUUCAUGUUUUAAAAUAAAAAAUUCGUCUCACAAGAAA